ACCCUUGGUCCUGGUCUGGGUCUGGGGCACCACAACAAUGGCGGGGACGGCAGGCGGCGGUGGUUCCCCCUUCACCAACCUGAAGAUCCAAGUGCCCAAUGACCUGCAGGAGGACGGGGAGCUGCCGGAGGAGGAAGAAAUGGAGGAGGGCGAGGCAUCCGACGGCGAGGAGGAGGAGGUGGAGGUCAACGUCAUCAUAGAGGCGGCCCAGGCCCCCCCCAAGCCACCCGUCACUGAGCGCAUCCGUCGGCCUCUGCCCCAUGCCCCUCGGAAACCACCCCCGGCCCCCGAUGCAGUGGCCCGGCUAUACAAGAGCCUGGGGGUCACAGAGGAGGACUUCCGGCUGGGUCACUUCCUGCCCGACACUCUCCAUGUGCGCGGCGCCGAGGACCUCACCACGCAAGACGUACAUGACUACUUCAAGGCGUACACACCCAUUGAGGUCGUGUGGGUUUCUGAGGAUUCGUGCAAUGUUGUGUGGCUGGACGAUGAGGGGCCGAUCCAUGCCCUCCUCAGCCUGUCCUGCCCUAUCCUGCCCGACACCAAGGCCUCCAAGAAAACACAGCCUGCUAAAAAGAGCGGGAAGGCACAGAAGAUAAAGGAGGAGAAGGAAGAGAAGGAAGACAACACAAAGAAGAAGAAGAAGGAGAAGAAGACAAGGAAGAAAGGAAGCAAGAAACCAUCCUCUUCCUCCUCCUCCUCUUCCUCCUCCUCCUCCUCCUCCAGCAGCGAGAGCGACGGCGAAAGCUCCUCGUCCUCCUCCUCCUCCUCCUCGUCUUCCUCCUCCUCCUCCUCCUCCUCCUCUUCCUCGUCAAGUGAUAACGAGAUGAGCGAAGGAGAGGAAGGGAAGAAGAAGGUCAACAAGAAGAAGAAGAAGAAGAAGAUGAAGGAGGAGAAGAUGGAACUCGGAGAAGGAGAGGUUAGUUAUAAUAAUAAUAAUAAUAAUAAUAAUAAUAAUAAUAAUAAUAAUAAUAAUAAUAAUUUCACAUAUGCCCGCCUCCGUGCCUCCAGUUGCCAUAUCAGUGUCAGGCGAGGUGGCUCUGGGAGUGCUCUUGCCCCAUACAAGGCCCUUCUGCUGCGCUACGCCUCCCGGGCCGACCAGGUGACCACCAGCGGCGAGCGGAAGGCUGACUACCUGAGCAGACACCUUAACGAGGGCCGGGCAGGUGUGCGUAGCCUCCUCAGCGAGAACGGACGUAAGCGGAUGCGUGAGGCUCAGCAGCGGAGGCGGGGGCGGGCGGGGCAGCGCGGGGCAGAUCCGGGUCCAGGGCCAGGGGGGGAGGGCCACAAGAACCCCUGGGGCGACCUGGCACUGAACUGGGGGCGUCGAGAGAGCCAAGAGGGAGACUGCUUCAACUACCAGGCACUGCUCAACCAUCACAAGCAGAAAGGGGUCGGAGGCGUCAAGAGGAAGAGGUACGACAGCGAGGAAGAUGAGGAGGAGGAGGAGGAGGAAGAGGAGGAGGAGAGGGACACGGGAGACAGCGAUGAUGUGGUUCAGUGGAGGAGUAAGAUUAAGGUCCCAAGGAUGAAGAUGUACGCAGAUGAGGAGCAGAAGAAGAAGAAGAUGAAAGGAGGAGGAGGAGGAGGAGGAGGAGGAGGAGGAGGAGGGUACUUGGACAUCCCUUCCCGCACCUCCUCCGAUAUCCGUGAGCGACUUGGCGGAAGAAACGGAAGCGGAGGAGGAGGAGGAGGAGUGAAGGGAAGACUCUCGAUCGUGCCGGAGGGAAGACUCGGAAGAAGACCAGGAGGAGGAGGAGGAGGAGGAGGAGGGAGGAGGACUGUGGACCUGAGACAGAAGUUGAAGGACCAGCGGAAGGCGGCCAAAGGGGCAGCGGAAGAUGAGAUAUUUAAGCGGAGAUUGAUACUGUCCUGCCCUGAUGAUGACUGAGAGAGAGAGAGAGAGAGAGAGAGAGAGAGAGAGAGAGACUUACCUUCAUUCAUUUUGUUAUUUUGUAUUUUUUAGAGAGAGAGAGAGAGAGAGAGAGAGAGAGAGAGAGAGAGAGAGAGAGAGAGAGAGAGAGAGAGAGAGAGAGAGAGAGAGA